AUGGAAGAAGAAGGAUACUGUAACACAAGACUUGAGCUAGGACUAGGUGGUGAAAGCUAUGUGUCAUGGCCUCAGAAACAGAAGGAGAAGCCUGUGGUACGUUUAGGCCUCUCAUUCGCACUUUGCCCUACAGAAGAUUCCAUGCAUAUAGAUCAUCAUGACAAGGCAGAGGGGACAUGGUUCAAGCCUGAAGAAGAUGAAGAAUAUGGGAACAAAAGAAGUGGUCAUUCCAUUGAUAAUAAUAGCAUGGCUGGUACUGGUAGAAAGAAACUCAGGCUUACAAAAGAGCAAUCAAACUUGCUCGAGGAGAGAUUCAAAAGGCAUUCCACUCUUAAUCCGGCUCAGAAGCAUUCACUUGCUGAUCAAUUGAAUUUGAAGCCAAGACAAAUUGAGGUUUGGUUUCAGAACAGGAGGGCAAGGACUAAGCUGAAGCAAACGGAAGUAGACUGUGAAUACUUGAAAAAAUGCUGCGAAAGUUUAAGCAAGGAGAAUAGAAGAUUGAAGAGAGAAUUGCAAGAAUUAAGGUCAGAAAAAAUUGGAAGAUCAUCAUCAUUGCACCCUCGACUUGGAAAAGAUGCUACAAUUUCAAUGUGUCCUUCAUGCGAGGAAAGCACCACAACUGAGCAGAAAACUGUAGCCGUUUUUGACGUGGUCCAUAAGAGCUAG